GAUCCAAGAUGGCUACAUUCAGGAGAGGGUGUUUUUGUUUGGGUUUGAGCUAUGCUACAAACCUUGUUAGGUUCACUAGGGUUUUGGUGCGCAGACAAGUUAUGAAGUUACCGACGACGACGAUCCGGAAGAACUGGUUAUCCCUGUCUACUAUUGGUGCCCUAUGUGCAGUUCCCUUCUCACAGAAACACGAUGGUCUGUCACAUGGGUCCUUGAUACGCAGGGCAUCCUCUUUGGUGACCGACAGCACGAACACCUUUCUCUCUCAGACCACCCUGGCACUUGUAGACUCGGUCACACAGUACGUCAAGACUAUACACUCACUGGUGACCCUGCACAAGCACUACGUUGCCUCAGCCAGCAAGCUGACCCCUGAGGAGGAGGACUCCGUGUGGAAAGUGAUCGUUCGCCAACGCCAUGAGUUGAGUAAUUUGAGGAAGGACGUCGAGAGGUUUGAGUCUAACUGGAUGAUGGCCGUCAACCUCUCCAAACUGGCAGCUGAAGCAGCAUACGACGCAGGUGCAGACCAGGCGUCUGUUAUGGCUCAGAACAGCCUCCAGGUGGCGCAGUCUCAUGUUGAGCAAAUCAGACAGCUCUCUCUGGAGGCAGAGAAGAACCUUACAGACUCUAAGGCAGAGAGCAGCCAAAGGAUCAUGCUUCCUUCUUCCACAGAGGAAGACGACAUCCCAGACGCAUAUCUAAGAGAGGACUAACUACAUGCUUACGUCCAUUUGCGUGUCUACAUUUUGUUCUUAUGAUGUGAGUGUACUGGGCCACAUGGACAGUCCAUUAGAGAUUGCCAUUCCAGAUAACAGCUUCAGCCUUCUCUAAAUCAUCUUUCUUUUAUUGCAGUCUGAUCAUGCGUGCUGUCACAAAUGUAAAUAAAAAGGAUUUCUGAUUGAUUGUUGUGUAUUUAACAUGCCAUUGCAGUAGCAUAUGAUUAAAAGGAAUUGACCCC